CUCUUGCUUUGUACAAAUGCGACAUUCAGUCAAUGGAGUUUCUGCACCAGUUUGCUAAUGUAAACACAGUUUUGGAGGACGGUCUGUAAGUAGUUAGUCAGUUUAGCGUCAUGCUAUUCAUGUAAUAACAUAGCUACACUUUUUAACACUUUGGCGCAUAAAAACCUGGCGGUUUUUGCAAGGUCUGGUUAUCACAACAAGUAUCUCUUUGACUUCAAGGCUACUUUUCGAGAAUGCAGGUGCAGAGAGUCGUUCUCAGCUCAAGACCAGGUAAAAACGGGGCGCCAGCUCCCGAAAAUUUCCGUCUGGAGGAGACCACUUUAGCACCUGACCUGAGAGAUGGGGAGGCCCUUGUUCGGACGCUUUGCCUUUCAGUCGACCCUUACAUGAGAUGCAGAAUGAACGAUGACACCGGUGCUGAUUACCUGACUCCAUGGCAGCUGUCGGAGUGUGUUGAUGGUGGAGGUGUGGGUGUUGUCGAGUCCAGCCGCUGCAGCACUUGCGCUGAGGGAGAUGUGGUCACUUCAUUCAACUGGCCUUGGCAGACCCAUGCUGUUAUGAAAGGAAGUGGUUUACAGAAGCUUGAUCCACAGCUGGUUGAUGGGCACUUGUCCUACUUUUUGGGUGCAGUUGGCAUAACAGGCCUCACUGCACUUCUGGGUGUAAGAGAGAAGGGUCACGUGACCAAAGGGGCCAAUCAGACCAUGGUGGUGAGUGGAGCGGCUGGGGCCUGUGGCUCCAUUGCUGGACAGAUUGGCAGGCUGGACGGUUGUGUGAGGGUUGUUGGGAUCUGUGGAUCUGAUGAAAAGUGCAGAGCUUUAGUGGAAGAGCUGGGCUUCUCUGCCGCCAUCAACUAUCGCCAAGAGGAUGUACCAACAAGGCUCAAGGAGUGCUGCCCUGAAGGUGUAGAUGUUUAUUUUGACAACGUGGGAGGUGCCAUCAGUGAUACUGUAAUAGCGCAGAUGAACAACAGCGGCCAUGUGAUUUUGUGUGGGCAGAUCUCUCAGUACAACAAGGAUGUGCCGUAUCCGCCGCCUUUAAGUGAGAAGACACAGAAAACCCUGCAAAAAAAGAACAUCACCAGAGAACGAUUUAUGGUGCUGAACUACAUGAACAAAGCAGAAGCUGCCCUCUUUGAGCUCAGUCAAUAUGUUAAAUCAGGUCAAAUCAAGGUGCUGGAAACUGUGGUGAAUGGUAUUGAAAAUAUGGGAGAUGCAUUUUGCUCUAUGAUGAAAGGGGGAAACAUUGGCAAGCAAAUUAUAAAGAUAUCAGAGUGAAGAAAAUUACCUUAGUUUCCAGUAGCAACUGCUCUCACCAGACACCUUGGGAAAUUAACCCACAGUUGCCUUUUUUAUCACUGCUAUUAACACUAAGUUAAUGAACUCAAUAAAAUAUUGUAUUGAUUUGCUGAUGCUAGUUUAUUACAAUUAUGAAACACAAAUAAAAAAUCACACAAUUGUGUUCAUGAGAAAAAUAAAAUGAAUGAAAGUCUUGAA